GUGAACCGGAGCUUUCGCUAACCAGAUUCCUGGAGACCCUCGAUCCUCGCUGGAAUUAGUCGACGAUAUCGAACACCGGACACCGCCGCGCAACGAUCCGUCUCUCUCCGGAUAAAUAGAACACGCGCAUCUCCGCUCGGCCGCUCGUGCUCGCCUCGAAGAGCGUACGCCGUUGGAUCCUCCGCGAGAAUCGGUCCUCCUUUUCGGCUCGAUUCGAUCGCCGUUCCCGCGGCCUGCUCUCGCGAACGAUCGGACCGGACCCGAGCCGAACGGACAUUAGAUUCUAGGGACCGGAGGAGAGGAAGCUAUGCUCGUCGAAGGAAACACGUUGCCGCCGACAGUUUAGAGCCCGCCGAUUGACCAACAGUUGUCGUUCGAAAGUAAGCCUAAUCGCUGUUACGAAGGAAAGGUUUCGCCACGAUCACGAUGACGCGGAGGAGAUCGGACACGUCGGUUCUGUACGGGUCGCUACUCCUGGCCGGGCUGAUCUGCCGUUUCUCGUGUCAAAGCGUGCCGUCCAGCUUCGACGACAAGGCUGGGCAAAACGAGAGCAAGCCGCGCGUGUUCUCACCCCGAAUGGACUACGACGAAUGGACGCCUCUCGGCCGCGGGGACCCGCUGAAGAACAAUCCCACUUUCGAUUACGUGCCGCCCGUCCUCGAUCGCGUUCAAUACUGGCUGGACUCGCACACGACCGAGUCGUCGGCGAAGCGCGACGUGCUGGUGCUGGGCGUCACCGCGAAGAAGACCAGCCCGAAGAUCCCCGAGCAGUUCCUCAAGUUCGUCGACGGGCCGAAGUUCACCAAGGCGAACCAGGAGGCUCCGUUCAGGAACGACUUCACGGGUAGCAGCGGCGCGGAGCCGCCGAAGCUGGUGCGGACGACGAGCUUCAGGAACGGGCCGCCGGUCGACUACAGGAACCAGAAUCGGAUCCAAUCGAUGCCGGCGAGCUACUACCCGAGCCCGUACUACGGGCACAAGUCGAAGCCGUACACGAUGAUGCUGCCGCCGCCGUUGCUGCAGAAGGACAAGAUCGUCAGCUUCGCGGAGCCGACGCAGCAGUUCAGCACGCAGACGGAGGAGGGCCCGGUGCUGCGCGAGCCGGGCCAGUUCUACGCGAUCCCGUCCAACAGCUACAACACCCAGUACUCCCCGGCGCCGCUCUCCCCGAGCAAGUCGCACUCCGCGAGCAAGGGAGUGAUCUCCCAGGUGGAGACGAUCAAGAGCGUCUCCUCCACGUCGCAGCCGACGAAGCCGAGGCACGAGGCCGCCGCGACGACGCCGUCCGUCUCCUUCGAGAAGUCCAACCUGAUCUACCAGUCGACGCAGACGGUGUCCGGCGGCUGGCCGGCCGGCAGCGGCCCCUCGCCCACGCCGAGCACCGCGUCGGACGCGAACCGAUCGGUUUGGCAGGCCCACGAUCGCAGCCGCGACCGCUACGAGCUCGACCAUCACGUCGCGGCCGGCUCGUCGACCCACGAGGUCGUGGUCGAGCAGAACGCCAACAUAAUCGUCGACGCGGACGGCAACGAGAACGAGGAAGUAGUCGUGGGCCAGAAGGAGUCCCCGUCGUCGACGCAGGAUCCGCGGCAGCCAGAUUCCAGCAAUCCGGACGAGGGGUCUCGCGCGCCGCUGGACGCGCUGACGGAGGCGGGACUGAAAUCCAGCAGCACCGCGGAGAAGAUGCACAUCGUCCUCGCCAACUCGUCCGAGGAGCAGUCGAGGAAGGAGCCGGUGGCGGUCGUGAUGCCGAGCAACUACUCGGAGAAGAGCCAGGACAGCGUCGCGACUCCGGAGCCGGAGGUCACCGUGUCGGACGCCUCGACGACCGUGGAACCGGAAGCGCAGAAGAGCCGUCGACCGGAGCCGGUCCGCGCGGUUGCACCGUCGGUCCUGCCGGAAGAUCCUCAGCAGCAGCAGACCUCGCAGUUCCCACGGCUGCCGUCGGGCUCGGUGCCGAUGUUCCCGCCGAUGACGCACAUGCACGCGCCGCCGCCCGCCGCCAAGCAGACGCACCACGCGAUGCUGCCGCCGGCUCUGAUGGAGCACCAUCACCCGCAGGAAUUCUCGAUGCCGUUCACCGAGUCGCCGGCCUCUUCUUUAACCGGGCAGCUCGCGGACGUCGGGACGGAGUCGAAGGAGCAGUCUCUUCCGGAGCGCCAUCGGACGACGCCGCUGCUGCCUACAGUAUCUCCGACGCAGAGCUCGGAGGGCGUGAUCUCGGAGAAGAAUUCUCUGCUGGGAACGAUAGCCAACAAGGAGAGAGAGGAGGAAGGCUGGGGGAAGACGACGACGACGAGCCGUCCAUCGACGAGCACGCCGCGGAUGACCACCGUGCAGAGUCUGACGACGGACCCCAUCUUCUCGCACUACAAGCAGCCCGCGAAGCCUAUCCGCGGCCCGAUGUACCUGAUCAUCCAAGGCCACUCGAAGGUGAAGACCUACAAGCCCACGGUGACCAAGCACGGCGUGCCGGUGGCGCAGAACGAGAUCGCGGAGGCCGUCGCCGACAGGCAGCUCUCGAAGUUCGAGCAGUUCGUGAAGGAGAACACGAGGAGCGGCAACGCGAGCGUCGCGACCGCCGAGAAGAAGAAGGCCGAGGAGAAAGCGCGAGCCGAGAAGAUCGCGCAAGCUCGUCAGAACAGCCUGAUGAGCCUGCUGGAGAGCGGACUGGGCAGCUUCGCCGUGUCCUCGGCGUCUCCGUCGGCGUCCUCGACGCCGUCCUCGCCCACCACGACGUCGGAGGAGGAGCACCAGCCGAACUCUGUGACCACGAUCGAGAUCAACGGCAACUAGGAAGGCUCGCGAGCACACCGAUCACCGCGAUCGACUCGCGGGGGAAGCGGCUUUGGACCGGAGGCGGACGAUUCCGUCGGGGGAGACCGCUCGCGACUCGACGGAGCCGCGAGGCUGGAGGCUCGUCGGCCCGUCGGCCGAGCCUGUUAUUCUAUUAUUACGUUUUUCUACGAUAUUUAUUAUUCUCUUAUCAUAUCAUACCCCGCGGUCACCUUCGUAGAGGCUCAACGCGCGGCAGGU